CAAUUAUCGACAACAACCAAACCUCGCGACCUUCAGCUUCAAGGCUCCUAGAUAUACAAAGUUUUGCUUUCACAACAACACCCUUCUAUCGCCCAUCGACUGUGUCUAGUGCAUGCUUCAUCGUCGGUGGCUGCGCUUGUGAUUCCUGCUUCUCGCAUUUUCUGCGCCGUGCGUGUGCCCGUCUGGGAGAGUUCACGGCUUCUAAGGACUCGUCGCGUGACUACUUGCAGUGUUCUGUUCAUCGCGAGAAGUAGUUGCGUCUAGAAACUACACCGCGUCGCUCCAUCCACGGACUAUUGUGAGCCACCAUAUAAUCUCCCAGUGUACGGGCGACACCACUCUGGACAAACCUGACGAUCACAUCCAAACCUCCCAUCUCCCUCCCCCCCAACAUCAGGAACCACAUCAUCCACCAUGGCACCCGCAACACCCCCCGAGACCCCAACCUCACCUCAGAAGCCCCCCAUCCACAACAUCCUACUCACCCUCCCCCGCACCUCCUCGCACCUCCUAACCCGCAUCCUGAACCUCCCGUCCCAGCCGUCCAUCCACCGGCACCCCUCGGACGGCUACUUCUUCCUCGCGCCCACCGUCCAACGCUUCUCGCACCACCUGGCCGGCAAGCCGCUUCCGGCCUGGACGUCCGACGAGCGCGACGCCCUGCGCGACGCAUUCCAGACGUCGUACGAGGAGCUCGAGGCCUUCCACUCCGCCGUCGUGGCGGCCGGCAAGUCGUCCUACGUCAAGAUCCACGUGAACUGGCUCAUCGAGCCGGUGUCCGAGACGUCGUUUCUGUUCCCCGACCUCGAGCAGCAGCAGCUGUUGCCCGCGCCGUGGACGGUGCAGACGGCAUCGCAGGGCCCGGACGCGACGAAGAGUGCGCUGAAUGAGACGGCGGUGCCGGAUGAGGUGCUGCGGGGAUGGAGGCCGACGUUUCUGGUGAGGCACCCCGCGCUCGUGUUCCCGAGUUUGCUGAGGACGGCGAUUGAUAAUGAGGGGGUGGAGAGCGUGCUUAAGGGUGAGGCGACGCAGAGGUGGGAGGCGACGUUUCAUUGGUCGAGGGCGCUGUAUGAGUUUUAUGAUGGGGAUGGGGAGGGGGAGGGGAGGGAGUCGAGGGUCGAGGGCGUGAGGUAUCCGAUUGUGGUUGAGGCGGAUGAUGUGGUGGGGAGGCCGGAGGUCGUGAGGUUGUAUGCUAGGGCUGUCGGGUUGGAUGAGAAGUUGGUUAGGUAUGAAUGGGAGAGGGCGAGUGAGACGGAGGUUGCGGGUUUGAGUAAGGUCGAGAGGAGGAUGAAGGAUACUUUGCUGGGGAGUCGGGGCAUCGUGGGAGGGAAGACGGCGGAGGGGCUGGUGGUUGAGGAUGAGGUCGUGAAGUGGGGGAAGGAGUUCGGGGAGGUGUUGGGGGAGAGGUUGAGGGUGCUAGUUGAGGCGAGUAUGGCGGAUUAUGAGUGGUUGAGAGAGAGGAGGUUGAGGCUUCCGUAGCCAGGUUGUGAUGAUGAGUUUGCUUUGGCGGGCGUUAAAAAUUUCAUACUGUGAUCUUCAUAUUUGAAGUUGUUGUCAUCUGAUGCCCUGAUAUUCAUGUCUACAAACCAUAGAUUCGGGGCAGAACGACAUCAAGAUCAACUCAACAUCUGGAACCCGUGGCAACCCCAAGCACUUCAGACGAAACGGGAGUAAUAGUUGAGCCGUGUGAGGGCAUUAUCACCCACCGACGACUAUCAUCACCACAUUGAAUCAGGACUCACCGCCUCGUCGACUGGUUCCAUAUCUGAAACUUCAUAUGAAGAACAAAUGUAGAACAUAUGUAGGUCACACUAAGAUCACACUAAGGUCACAAACUGGCACGGAUUAGCAGAGACUGGCACAGAUUAGC